AACUUUGGUCCGAGUUAGAUAAUUCAGUCCUAAUUUGUCUAGCACGAUGAUAACAGCGAUUUUUGUUGUUGUUUUGGUUACGGUUGUUUACUACCUGGUGAAACUGAACCACCAGUAUUGGAAAAAAAGGGGGGUGGUUGGUCCCAAGCCCAAAUUCUUGGUGGGCAAUAUAGGAAAAACGUUCCUCCUGAAAGCCCAACCUGGAGAAAUCUACGCCGACAUUUAUAGGGAAUACGAACAACACAGUGUCGUUGGGAUUUUUCAAUCCUUCACACCUGUUCUCCUAAUCCGUGACCCCGACCUCAUUAAAGAAGUCACAAUCAAAUCGUUCAGUCACUUCCACGAUAACGACAUCAGUGUUGAUAAGAACGCCGACCCGAUCUUCGGACGGAACCCUUUUAGUCUGAAAGGAGAAGAAUGGAAGAUUGUAAGGGCACACCUGACCCCCGGAUUCACCAGCGGAAAAAUGAAAUGGGUGUACCCAUACAUGGAAACCAACAGCCAGAAAAUGGUCAAAUUUAUCCAGGAACAACCAAACGCGAUGAACGGGAAAGGCUACGAAGCGAAAGAGUUGUGUACCAGGUUUACUUUAAACAACGUCGGGGAUUCGGUUUUCGGGGUCGAAGCCAAAUGUUUCGAGGAAGAGAAUAGCGAAUUUAGACAACUCGCUAAAGAUUUUUUGUCACCGGGAGGAUGGGCCGUUUUGGCUUUAUUCGUAACGAUAGUUUUUCGCUUCGCUCGGAUUCUUCCAAUCCGGUUCGUUCCGAAGAAGGUUGAAGAAAAGCUAACUGAUAUAGUGACUCAGGCUUUGAGACAUCGCGAACGUAAUAAUAUCGUACGAAACGAUUUUCUUCACAUUAUUAGUCAGUUGAAGACGACUUGCAAAGACUACGAGUUUACGGACCUGGAUGUGACAGCCCAUGCCGCUGGGUUCUUCGGUGAUGGGUACGAAACCAGUGCGAUAGUGAUGAGUUUCACCCUCUUCCAGCUAGCUGCGAAUGUUGAAGCUCAAGCGAAACUAAGACAGGAGGUGACGGCGGCUUUCCACGGAAAUGAUAAUAAAUUACCAUAUGAGAUUCUUCAAUCGUUGCCAUACCUAGAUGCCGUCAUCAACGAAACCUUGAGAAGUCUCCCACCGAUUUACGCCUUGCAGAAAGUCUGUACCGAAGAUUUCACUUUUACCAUCAAGGAAACGAAUAAGCCGCUAGUUGUCGAAAAGGGUACCCCCAUCGCGUUGCCCAUUUAUGCGUUGCAUUCAGAUCCGGAGCAUUUCGAGGAGCCUGAGGUCUUCAAACCGGAGAGAUUUGUGGGAGCGAAUAGGGAUAAGAUCAAAAAGUGCACUUUUAUACCUUUCGGAGAAGGACCAAGGGCUUGCCUAGGGCAGCGUUUCGGUGUCUUGCAAGUCAAGGUCGGGGUGAGCUACAUCGUCAAGAACUACGAAAUGACGGUCAACAAGAAGACGCAGUUGCCUUUGAAGUUUGACCCGACAAACAUCCUCAUGACCCCCAUUGGGGGAUUAUGGCUUGAUUUUAAGAAGAUCGAUUAGACUAACCUUAUGUAAAAGCUACUCUUGAAAUAAACGCUUGUUAGAAUGUC